GUCUCCGUUUCUUGCUGUGCAGCGGAACUCGGUGGCGCCUCCCUGGGGGUCGGGGCCAUGAUCGAAGUUGGUGGGGAGUCCAAUGGAGAGCAGCCGGGCACUGACCAUGAGUCUUUACAGUCGACUACCCCCGCCGUCGCCAGUCUCCUGCAGGCCACCCAGGCUUCGGGGGACCUCCUCGCUCACUCCAGGGCCCCUCAGGUGCGCGGCAUGGUCUCAUCUGCGGAGGCCUCGGCCCACGAGGUGGCCACCACGGUGGCCGUGGUGACCAGCUCGGAUGUGUCCCUAACUGGGUCGCCCAUCUCCUCCUAUCAGCACUAUCUGGCUCCGGCUACAGUGUCCAUAGGAGGCCAUAUCCAGAACAUCACCAUUCCGGCGCAGGUUUCUGUGACGAGUCCUGGUGUUGCUGUGGCAGCAGCCAGCACCUCGCAAAACCUGGUGCGCAUUCUGGCGGCUGCGAGCCAGCAGGGCUACUCCUCUCCGUCGUCUACCCCUUCGACCAGCAGGUUGACGACCACGGGGUCUGGACUGCCGAGUUCGUCCAGCCGGCUCGCUGCCACCAGCCCGGCCGCACUGCUGGCCACCACACAGCCUCCCGCCCAACAGCAGGCCAUCGUCAUGGACACCCUGACACAGGACGAACAGCAGCGCCUACUCUCGUACAGUAGCGGCCUCAUGGCCAGCCCCUCGCCCCCUCGAACUCCUCAGCGGUCGCCGACCGCAUCGGCGUCGAGUGCGUUGCCCCCCCAGUUCGCAGUGCCCCCCAAACAGAGUACUACUAACGUGCUACCUGUGCCCCCCCUGCCCCCUCCUCCCCCUGUGUCCUCGCCUACGGCGUCUACGAGCGGUGCGGCAGUGUCCGGUCCUACUAGGCCUGGCGGCCUCCUCCAGCUGGUGGGUGUUGAGUCGCCCCGUGCGGCCAAGCGCAUCAAGCUGGAGGAGCAGCCGCCAGCCAACGAGGAAGUGGCCGCCAUGCGGCAGCGGGUUUAUGAGCACCGGUGGCGGGAGCUUCGGCGCAACAAGGAACGCUACGUGGAACACCUGACGGAGCUGUUCUUCCUCCAGAAUGGGGGCAACAUGAUGGACUACUUCGCGUGGAAGCGGCGGCCCACGCCACAGCUGCUGGCGUUGCUGCGGGCGCACGCGCUUGACAGUGAGGACGAAGAGGAUCCCGCCCGGUUGCUAGACACGCGGCCCCCGAGUGCAUUACUAGCUGCAGCGACGGUCUCCUCGGCCGCUGCGGUGACUACGGCCGCUGCGGCGGUGGCAGCGGCCGUGGUUACCACGACGGUUGUCGCCGGCAUGCUGUCAUCUUCGUCCCUAACGACAAUGUCCGCGGCAAGUUCCGCGACGACUGUGUCGGCAGCGGAUGCUGCAGUGGCGUCAGCUACUUCGCUCUCUGCCAUUGCCAGCCAACUUGCCGCAUCUCCUGGUCAGCCUUCGGUUCCUGCCAUGCCACCUUCCUCCGUGCCUUCCCCUGGCCCCAAGGGUCUGGCCGACCCCUGUUCCUCUGCCUCUUCCUCUAGUCAACAAACACCAUCCCCCGCCGUCCUGCGACCUCCGAGCUCGCCCAUGCGGAUGCCGGGUGGCGCAAUCCCGACGACGAGUGGAAGCCUGCCAUCGUGCAAAGGGGGUGCACCGCGGCAACCACCGUCUGCGGCAGCGAGCUCUGCUGCUUCGGUGGCCACGCCCUCACCUUCGGCUUCCGCAGCGUCUGCCACCGCCACGUCCAGCUCCUCACUAUCCCUGCCGGUGUCGCGCCUCUCCACGCGGCAGCACUCCAUAUCGGCCGUCUACGAUUCGUCCAUCGGCUCCCAGGAGGAGAUUGUCGAGCGGGCCAAGCAGGAGGCGUAUGUGAUGCAGCGCAUCGCGGAGCUGCGCAAGGACGGCAUGUGGUCGGCGCGCCGGCUACCCAAGGUGCAGGAACCCCCCCGGGCCAAGGCCCACUGGGACUACCUGCUCGAGGAGAUGGUGUGGCUCGCCACCGACUUUGCCCAGGAGCGCAAGUGGAAGAAGGCAGCGGCCAAGAAGUGUGCCCGCAUGGUGCUCCGCUACCACCAGGAGCGCGAGCAGCGUGCCGAGCGGGCCGAGCGCGAGGAGCUGCAGCGGCUGCGGCGUGUUGCCGCCCAGGUGGCCAAGGAGAUCAAGCAGUUCUGGGCCAACAUCGAGAAACUGGUGGAGUUCAAGCAGCAGACGCGCCUCGAGGAAAAGCGCAAGAAGGCACUUGACCUGCACCUCAACUUCAUCAUGGACCAGACGGAGAAGUAUUCGUCGUGGCUGCGUGAAGGCAUGGGGGCCACCACAACGAACAAAGGCAGUGCCUCUGAGGCAACCACGCCGGCCCAGGCGCCUGCCAGCCCCGCUCGGUCGGGCUCCUCAAACGGUGAGUAG